AUGUACACAUUGUAUGCUUUAACCACCACAUUACCAUCACAAUCCCACUGGAUCCAGGGUAAUUUCAUUCAUAUGAGUACCCAUGUAAUAUUAGUCUUAAAUGAAACCUAUGUGGUAAUAUUUAAGCCAUCAUAUGGUCUUAUUCUCAACAACCAGAUGCUGGGCUGUGUGGGUUGCAAUGGGAAGGAGUCUCAUGUGUUCUUCCUUACUGACAAUAGUGGGAAGGCUUGCAAGGGCCCCUUGACUGACCAGGAUCUAUGUGAUCUGAUAAGUGUCAUGCAGCAAUUAGCCAUGGAAGCAAUUGAAAACCCCUUUAGGCCACUUGAGAUGGCUGGGUGUACACAAGCUUCUCAACAAAUUUGCACAGUGUUUGUGCCAGCAUUUGCACUGCUUCAACUGGAACUCAUGGUGCAGAUACCCUUGCAUCCGACAACCCAGUUGAGUGAUGCUCUGUAUGACAAGGGCCCAUCAGAGCUCAUGUCACUUGAGGCCCUCAUGCUUGAUUCCAUGGAGGACAAACACAAACAUGUGUUGCUGAGUGUUCCUAGAACUAUGCAAGAUCCACAGGAUAUGUCUAAUGAGUUUUAUCCAAAGUCCACACUGCUUCAACCUGUGAGUCUUCAGAUUAUCCAAAUACUCAAGUCCUGUGUUCACCAGUCAGCACCACAGAUACACAUGCCUGCCCAGCUGCAGACCCAGUCAAGUGAUGCUAUGUAUGACCAGGAUGAAUCAAAUCUCACAUCAUUAGAAGUACUGAUGCUCAAUGCAUUGGAGGGCAUGCAUGCUCCUGUGAGCAUUUCCAAGAGGACUACUGGCUUGCUGGGUAACCACUACACUGUAUGA